AUGAAGAGACCUCGUGCAACAUCUUCUUCGCCGGCGAUCUCCGCCACCACGAAACCACCUCUGUCUCCGCCGGUCACACCGAUUCUGAAACAGAAGCUACACAGAACAGGAGCACCAAAAUGGUUCCCGUUAAAACUCACCCACACGGAGCUGACUCUACCGUUAACUUUUCCGACGGGUCAAACAUUCCGGUGGAAGCAGACUGGGGCGAUUCAGUACAGCGGAACGAUAGGACCUCACCUCGUCUCUCUCCGCCAGCGUCCAGGAGACGAUACAGUUUCCUACUGCGUCCAUUGCAGCAGCACUAGCCCUAAAUCAGGAGCGGAGCUUGCGCUGCUGGAUUUUCUCAAUGCCGAGAUCUCGUUAGCUGAGCUAUGGUCUGAUUUCUCGAAGAAGGAUCCUCGUUUCGGAGAGCUGGCGAAACAUCUUCGUGGCGCUCGUGUGCUGAGACAGGAUCCGCUUGAGUGCUUAAUUCAGUUUUUGUGCUCGUCCAACAAUAAUAUCGCCAGGAUUACCAAGAUGGUUGAUUUCGUCUCGUCUUUAGGCAGCACUAGCCCUAAAUCAGGAGCGGAGCUUGCGCUGCUGGAUUUUCUCAAUGCCGAGAUCUCGUUAGCUGAGCUAUGGUCUGAUUUCUCGAAGAAGGAUCCUCGUUUCGGAGAGCUGGCUAAACAUCUUCGUGGCGCUCGUGUGCUGAGACAGGAUCCGCUCGAGUGCUUAAUUCAGUUUUUGUGCUCGUCCAACAAUAAUAUCUCCAGGAUUACCAAGAUGGUUGAUUUCGUCUCCUCUUUAGGGUUACAUUUGGGUGACAUUGAAGGAUUUGCAUUUCAUCAGUUCCCAUCGUUAGAUCGGUUAUCUAGGGUUUCUGAAGCAGAACUUAGAAAGGCUGGUUUUGGUUACAGAGCCAAAUACAUAACAGGUACAGUGAAUGCUUUGCAGUCAAAGCCUGGUGGUGGUAAUGAAUGGCUUCUUUCUUUACGCAAAUUGGAUCUUCAAGAGGCAGUUGCUGAGCUGUGUACGUUACCUGGUGUUGGUCCAAAGGUAGCAGCUUGCAUAGCUCUGUUUUCUCUUGAUCAGCAUAGUGCCAUUCCCGUUGACACACAUGUCUGGAAGAUCGCCACAAAUUAUCUACUGCCAGACCUUGCUGGUGCAAAACUGACAGCUAAACUCCACGGCCGAGUGGCAGAAGCAUUUGUGAGUAAAUAUGGUGAAUAUGCUGGUUGGGCUCAAACAUUGCUUUUCAUCGCCGAGUUACCUGCUCAAAAAACUCUCUUGCAGUCGUUUUCCCAGCCCAUUAACAAACCGGACACAUCUGCGGAAGAUAAAUGA